AUGUCAACCGAUUUAGCAAAUGACCUAGGUUUUGACCCAACUUUAAAGAAGAAGAAGAAGACCAAGAAGGUUGCCCCAGAUUUUGAUGCCGGCACUAGUACCGACACUACUGAGACCACAAGUAAUGAUGAUUUGUUCUCUGGUAUGAAAAAAAAGAAGAAGAAGUCCAAGUCUACAUCAAAGGAUGCUGAAACCACCGAAGGUGAUGUCGACGAAGUCUCUGAAGCACUAGGAGAACUUUCCUUAAAGAAAAAGAAGAAGAAGAGCAAGGAACUAGCCACUGUUGAUGAUUUUGAAAAAGAAUUAGCCAAAGCAGGUAUUUCUGCCGAGGUUACUGAAGGUUCACCUGCUCCUGAGUCCAGUGCACAACAAGAGGCUGGUCUUCCAUACGCUGAUUUAUUAUCUAGAUUUUUCAACAUAUUAAGAGCUAAUAACCCAGAACUUGCUGGUGAUAGAUCAGGUCCAAAGUUUAGAAUUCCACCACCUGUAUGUUUACGUGAUGGUAAGAAGACUAUUUUCUCUAACAUUCAAGACAUUUCCGAAAAAUUGCAAAGAUCUCCUGAUCAUUUGAUUCAAUAUCUAUUUGCCGAAUUAGGUACUUCAGGUUCUAUUGAUGGUCAAAAGAGAUUAGUCAUCAAAGGUAAAUUUUUAUCUAAGCAAAUGGAAAACGUUCUAAGAAGAUAUAUCUUAGAAUACGUCACCUGUAAGACUUGUAAGAGUAUUAACACAGAAUUAAAGAAAGAACAAUCCAACAGAUUGUAUUUCUUAGUCUGUAAGAGUUGUGGUUCUACCAGAUCUGUUUCUUCCAUCAAAACUGGUUUCCAAGCUACUGUCGGGAAAAGAAGGAGGAUGUAA